CUAUAUGGACAGUUUGGUGUCGAAGAUGUUUAUGUUACGGGCAACCGAUCUGCUCCUAAUACAAGAUUUCAUGAGUUCAUACGGGGUCUUGGUUUCGGUCUGUUGCUUCAAAAAGCUGGUAAAAGGGUGUACUUGAUUGAUGAAUUUAGAGCAAGUCAGUUCUACACAGCCUGUGAAAGUAGAAGUCUCGAAACGUUUUGGAUGGUAGAUAACCCGCGCCCUCAUAGACGAAGAGCAAAUUCUCCUGUAAUUAAACAUUGUCUCUAA